AUGCCGGAAGGGAAGAUGGAGACGGCGAUCAACGAGGUUUUGAGCGGCGGUAGUUGGAGCAAGGACGAGGAAGAGCAAUUGAGGAUCCAUUUCAAGUCCCUCCCCCCUCGGUACGCAGCCAUGUGUUACUCUUCCGAAGCAGUGAGGAGCCACAUGGCCUUGCUUAAAGAAGCAUCAGGCUUGAAGGAGGGGAUACCGGCAAUCCGAUUGGACGUGAACAACGGCGAGCUUGACGCUUUCAUGGAGGACGAGAGCGAAACGGACGACUCCUUCUCAUCGGCCGGCGGUAUCUCGCUCUCGUCUUGCCUCGAGGAUUCGUUAUCGUCCAGCCGGACCGAGGUCACGUUCGCAUGCAGCACCCACGUCUGUCGCAGCAACAUCUCCUCGGCAUUUCACAGAUCUGGCAUUCGUGUUUUCGGAAUUUACACUCCGAGACACAGCAGCUUCGCCGAUGGAGACAACAGUCAGAGGUCCAAUCUGGGCUCUGUUCCUUCGUCACCUUCUCCGAGCUUCACUUCCAAGCAGGGUUCGCAGUCCGGGAAGGACAUGCUGGAAGUGCUGCUGUGCGAGAAGGGAGCCAUGAAGAAGAAGCUUGGUAGCUUUAUUCUUGAUCCGCUUCGGCUGUCCAUGGGACCGGUGAUUGCUGUUGGAGCGUCAGGCGAAGUCAGGAAGGGGACGUACGAUGGAGAAACCGUCGCCGUUAAAGUGCUGAAAGGAGAGGGUAAAGACCCUUACGCGAAUGUUGCGGAGUUUCGCCGGGAGGUGGUAACCCUAAUGUCAUGCGGCCAGUGUCCGCAGCUUUUGAAGUUUCUCGGUGUCUGCGUCGACUUUCGACAACGAAUAUGCAUUGUUACAAAGUUCAUGGAAGGAGGGACUCUGAACGACCUGCUCAGGCGACGCCAGGGCAAGGGUUUGCCUCUCAACGACGCAGUGAGCGUCGCGCGCGACGUCUCACAAGCCAUGGCGUUUCUUCACAAGAACGGAAUGAUUCACCGCGAUUUGAAAUCCGCGAAUAUUCUCUUAGAUAAGGAGGGUCACGCAGUGGUGGGAGAUUUCGGCGUGGCCAGACUAAAAGGAGAGCGAGGGGAGAUGACCAAGGAAGUCGGAACCUACAGAUGGAUGGCUCCUGAAGCCUUCGGCACGAGUCCAUGGCCGGUCACCCAUAAAGCCGAUGUCUACAGUUUCGGAAUUGUUCUGUGGGAGGUUUUAACAGGGGGAGUGCCGUUCGCUGAUUAUUCCCCGCUGCAAGCUGCUGUGGCUGUUGCUCUUAACGGAGCUCGUCCGAGUAUUCCGGAAUCGGUGCCGGAAUCGCUUCGCUCGCUGAUUGAACAGUGCUGGGACAAGACCCCCAAGGAAAGACCAGAGUUCAGCGAGAUUUUGUCUGAGCUUGACCGGAUUGCUAAGGACAUUCAGCAGCAGUAA